AUGUCUGAAAAGCACAUCGACGACGAAAAGGACAUCGGCUUCAACGCCGACGUCUCAGUACUCCCCGCCGGGACCUCCAAAGAAGACGGCCAGGCCCACCACGUUCAGCUGCACGAUGUCGACGAAGCCGCGGCUUUCGUCGCAGGAUGGAAGGGAGAGGUCACAGAGGAGAUGAGUGCAAAGAUCAGAAGAAAGUGUGACUUGCACUUGCUGCCAUUGAUGAUGUUAUUGUACUUUGUCCAGUUUACAGACAAGACGACCCUCGGAAGCAGUUCCAUCCUGGGAAUCAGGACCGAUACCAAUCUUUCACAAGCCCAGUACAACUGGCUCGGUACAAUCUUCUACCUCUCCUACCUCAUCUUUGAAUGGCCCCAAUCUGUCUUUCUCCAAAAGUUCCCACCCGGCAAAUGGAUGGCCUGCAACAUUCUGGUUUGGGCCGUGGCUCUUUGCUGCCAUGCUGCUUGUAAAAACUUUGCUGGUCUUUUCGUUUGCCGAUUCUUCCUCGGCGUCUGCGAAGGUAGUAUCACCGCCGGUUUCCUUAUCUUGACGAGCAUGUUCUACACUCAGGAAGAAGCCACCCAGAGAGUCGGCUAUUGGUUCCUCAUGAACGGUACCGCCCAGGUCUUCAACGGUAUCGUGUCUUUCGGCGUCUUGCACGUCAACCCCGACAUCAUCUCCCCCUGGAAAGUCUACAUGCUCAUCACCGGCAUCAUGACCUUGGCCGUCGGCGUCUCCUUCUGGUUCUUCAUCCCCAACAACCCCAUGACUGCCUACUUCCUCACCAAGGAGGAAAAGAUCAUUGCUAUCGAGCGUCUGAGGGGAAAGAGUACGGGUAUUGAGAACAAGACCUGGAAGCACGAGCAAUUCAUGGAAACGAUGAAGGACUGGAAGCCUUGGGCCUUUACCAUCUACGCUGCGAGUAACAAUGUUGCCAACUCGUUGACCAACCAAAACAGCUUGAUCAUCAAUUCAUUCGGCUUUACUACUUCCCAAACGACCCUCCUCGGCUGUGUCAGCGGUGUCAUUGAAAUCCUCACUAUCUACUCCUCCGUGCUCGUCAUCAAGAAAUGGAGAAACGCCCGAGGGUAUGUCGGCGCCUUCUACUCUAUUCCCAACAUCAUCUCGGGCGUUCUCAUGGUCGCGCUGCCGUGGUCGUGUAAAGGCGGGCUGCUGUUUGCCAUGUACCUCGGUGGUGUGGGUACCCCCGGAUUCGUUCUUUCCCUCUCAUGGUGCUCUACGACCAAUACGGGACAUACCAAGAAGGCCACUGCCAAUGCCAUGUUGCUCAUUGGUUAUUGUCUCGGUAACCUCCUCUCUCCCCAGAUGUGGCAAGCCAAAUACUCUCCCCGCUACUACCUCCCCUGGGGCAUUAUCCUCGGUACCUACGUGAUCAACCCCUUCAUCCUCCUCUCCAUUCGCUACUUUCUCAACCGCGAAAACAAGCGCCGAGACCGAUUGGUUGAGACGGGCCAGCUGGAGACUGAGAAGUUUGUGGAUGAGCAUGGGGAUGAGAUUGACCCGACAUUCUUGGAUAUGACUGAUCACAAGAACUUGUCUUUCCGAUACCCUCUGUAG